AUGACGGACACCCUUCGCCCGCCGUCCCUCCAGGUGCACGUCCCCGAGGACGAGUCCAGCCAUGGAGAGGAGGAGGGCGGUGGGAGUGGAGGCGGUCACGACAGCCUCGUCUGGUCCAGCUCAUCCACCCCCACCCUGCGGCGCCGACGGUUUAAGAUGAGACGAAUGAAAAAGCUGCCCAGCGAGCGGGAGCGGCUUGAGAACGGGCUGCUGCGGCACCCCGGAUCCCGCUCGGCUUCCAAAGAGUACCUUCAGCUGCCCUCCAUCGAAAUCACGCCAUCCAGCGACGAAGACGCAGCCUGGUCAAACAGCUCCACCCCGAGCGCUUCGCCCCGGCGCAAACGAUUCCUGCUUCGCAAGUGGCUGAAGGUGCGAGAGAGGAAGAAGCAAGGCAGUGAGAGCAGCAGUCAGCAGAGUAGUCAACAGAGCAGCCAGCAGAGCAGCCAUGACGACGAUUCCAGCCGCUUCCUGACUCCCUUCAUCCGUGAGGACAGGGCUGACAGCGGAGCAGACAAGUGUAGCACCGCCAGUAACUCUAACCGGAGUUCCCCUGCCUGCUCUCCGGUUCUGCGGAUGCGCUGUCGAUCUCCCAUUCUGCAGAACGUCGAGGCGGACACCAUGGUGGAGAAAGGCUCAGAGCAUUCUGACACCUCCAAGUCCCCCUCCACCCCUGAGCAGCUGGUCACUCGCACCUUCUCCGGCCAGUCCACACGCAGCGGGGGCAAGAACUCCAAGUCUCACAAGCGACUUUCCAAAUAUGACAGAUUAAACCUGAUUAAAAAAAGCCAGAGCUGGUACAACCAUGAGAGACAGCACAUUCUCAGAGUCCUCAGUCCCACAUACAAGCAGCGUAAUGAAGACUUCAGGAAGCUCUUCAAGCAGUUGCCGGACACAGAGCGUCUUAUUGUGGACUACUCAUGCGCUCUCCAGCGGGACAUUCUCCUGCAGGGCCGCCUCUACCUCUCCGAAAACUGGAUCUGUUUUUACAGCAACAUCUUUCGCUGGGAGACACUGCUUACAGUGCGGCUGAAAGACAUCUGCUACAUGACGAAAGAGAAAACCGCGCGUCUGAUUCCCAAUGCCAUACAGGUGUGCACAGACACUGAGAAGCACUUUUUCACAUCGUUUGGUGCGAGAGACAGGACCUACAUGAUGAUGUUUAGACUUUGGCAGAAUGCACUGCUGGACAAGUCUAAAGGUGCCCUCUGCUGGGGUCAGUUUGACAUUGCAGCUGAGGAGUACACAGACUGCCUUCCUGAUGGAGAUCUGCUGCAGCUCCCUCUGCUGGCUGAGGAGAGGAACAGCGAGCCGGCCAGUCCUCUGGAUCCUGCGCCACCACUGGCACUGGACUUCAAUGACAAUGAGGAUAUACCCACUGAUCUCAGUGAUUCCUCAGUGACAGAUGAUGAAGGCGAUGAGGUUCAAGCAUUCCACGAGGAUCUGAACGGCCGUCAGUACAUCAACGAGGUGUAUAAAUUCGGUGUUGAUAAGCUGUACACCAUUCUCUUCACUGAGUCCCAGUUCAUGACAGACUUUAUGGAUCAGAGGAGAUUCACAGAUGUGGUGUAUCAGCCUUGGAAGAAGGAAGAUGCUGGAAAUCAGACCAGGGUGAUCAUGUACACAAUUUCCCUGACCAACCCACUGGCUCCUAAAACAGCUACAGUUACUGAGACUCAGACUCUGUAUAAGGCCAGCCAGGAGAGUGAGUGCUACAUCAUCGAUGCAGAAGUCAUCACUCAUGACGUGCCGUACCAUGACUACUUCUACACCCUAAACCGUUACAUGCUCACACGCGUGGCCAAGAACAAGUGUCGGCUGAGGGUUUCUACUGAGUUGAGGUACAGGAAACAGCCAUGGGGGCUGGUGAAGGGCUUCAUUGAGAAGAACUUCUGGAGUGGGCUAGAUGAGAACUUCAAAAGCCUUGAACUGGAGUUAGCAAAGAUGGAGGACGCUCUAAUGGAAAGCCACAGACUGUCUCCUAAUGCUAAAGCAGUGAAGAACUCCACCCUAAGACGGAGAAAACGACCCCCCGCCCACCUGCGCACAACCCAUCUAGAUGAGGCCCUCAGUCCUGUUACCACACCAACAGACGAGGAGGUCAUCCACCGCAUCAAACACGUGGCAGGUUCCACUCAGACAAGACACUUUCUUGAGCACACGCCAGGGGGCGGGAUUUUCUGCAACCUCUCUAAACCACUCCUCAUCAUCAGCUUUGUGAUCUGUAUAAGUCUGGUGCUACUGGUGUUUUUGAAUGUGAUGCUGUUCUAUAAACUCUGGAUGCUGGAGUAUUCUGCACAAAGCCUCACCAGCUUGCAGGGCUUACGCCUACAUGAAAGCAGUAAACUGCCAUCUACACAGAUGGAAUGGGCACAGCUCCUGGAGUCCCAGCAGCGCUACCACGACGCGGAGCUGCAGAAAUGGAGAGAGAUUGUCAAAUCUUCGGUACUGUUAUUGGAUCAGAUGAAGGAUUCCUUACUGAGCCUACAGAAAGGUGUGGGUCUACAAGAUUACAACUCAGACUCGGACGAGAAGAGAAGUCGAUAUCACUGACACUUACCGUCCAGGCCACCAGGGCGCGCUGUGCAAUGUAGAGCCACUUAUGAAAACAAAAGGCAAAAAACAAAGGGCCCAAAUGUGCGUGUAUGACUAUGCAUACCAAACAAAAGAGACACUUGAUAGAGACCAGAAGAAGAAGAGAUGGACCAGAAACUGCCAUCGGCCAAUCCUAGUGGACAGCAAACCCACAGGAAGUGGGGCCAUAUCUGUCCCAUGGAAUUGUGGGACAGUUAGAGUCCGAAUGGGCUCAUCACUGUUCCUGCUUUCUUUCAGGUUCUCUUUCUGAGGAUGUUACUGUUUGCAGAGGAACGUAACGGACCUGAGGAGGAAAAUGAAGAGCAUGCUUUUUUUUUUUUUUUUUUUUACCCUUCUCAGCCCUCCUUUCUUUUGAAGUGUUUUUAUUGGUACAAAAAGGAAUCUUUUAGCUUGGUUUUGACCUGUAACGGCACAGCUGCAAUGUCCCUUUUCCCAUUUGUGAGAGCUUUUCUGCAGGAAGCAUUAUGUAAUCUAGUUCACUCGUGCUGUAGUAUCAGGGCUGGUUUCCUUGAUAAUCCUGCACUAGAAAGUUUAAAUAGUUUCCGCCAAAGGGCCAUUUGCGCUAAAAACAGAGACCUUAAAUUUCUGUGAAGCGUUGACCAUUAUGCUAAAGUGCUUUUGCACCAGAGAAAGAUUAUGAAAAGGGACACCGCAGCCAGGAAGAUGGAUAAAGUUCUUAGUUUUUGAUUACUAAACUGUGAUAUCUCCUGAUUCAUUUGAAGAUGUAGGAAAAUAUAUGAAUAUGUUUGAAGUAUAUACUUUAUUCAAGAUUUAAUAUAUAUUUCAAUAUAGAGAGAGGUUGUUGCAUAUAUUUAUUGUUAAUUUAUGUACAUAGAACACUUAUCAAAGCUCUAGAAGGAAAGAGUUUAUAAUUAUUAAACUGCGUUUUAUUCGGCGACACGCACAAGCACGUUUGAGACGUGUCCGUGUGAGCGCAUGCGUGUGUCGUUGAUCUGUGUCUAUUUUGGUGAAUGUAAGCGUGUCCGUGUGACGUUUUAAAUCAUUCCACUUGUACGUCUUGUGUCUUCCUCCCGGCACAUGAAGCCAAACUGCCUUUUUCUUGCCCAGCAGCUCAGUCCACUGGGUAUCUGUUUACACAUCCACCUGGCUUCAGAAAGCUGAGCGGUCUAAAAAUGACCAUCUCGGUUCGGCCUGAACCCACACACACACACACACACACACACACGCUUUCACUGCUGUGGCAUCAUUCCUGUUAUUAUUUUGUCUGAGGUGAGAGUUUGGACCAGGAGGCACUGCAGGAAACAGCACUGGACUCACUAACUUCGUGUUUUAAUUUAACCGAUAGCCCAUAUUUUGUCAUUUUAAAUCAGUCAAAUAAAAGAAAAGUUAUGUGAGGUGGUAAUGAUAUUUUUUUGAUUUUAUUUUUUAUAGAGCACAAGUGCUCUAGCCUAAACCAAAUAUAGUAUUUAUAGAUGGUAGAAUUUAUUUAUAUAUAACAUAAAAUGCAACGACUCCCUUUUUAUGCAGACUGAGGUCAAUGUA